AUGUGGACACCAGCCACUACUCAGAUUGGGCAUCACAGCCCAUUAUUCCCAAGUUUCAGGGAAUCUGAUAAGCCAGAUGAUCAAAAGCUGACUGUGGCAUAUGCAGUCAACCAUUUUCUCAAGAUGGGAAAUAUAGCGGAAAAACUGGUUCUAGAGGGAAUCAGCGCACACGCGCGAACUUACGCGAUUGGUGGUGAUGACUAUAGCGACUUUUAUCAUAACACCGCUGGUCCUGGCCCUGCGGGAAGUUAUACUCGUCAGGAAUCAUUCUUAGCGUUUUUCGAGAUUUGCGACGAAAUGAACAAGCACCCAGAGGGCUGGCAAUUUAGAUACGAUCACGAAUAUAAAAUUGCCAUGGCUGUCGAUGCCUUUGACGGAAACUAUAUGGUCUGGAUUGGCUACGACAAUGAAAUCAGUGCAAUAGAAAAGGUUGACUUCGCCAUGUCGAACGGUCUUGGAGGAAUGAUGAUUGAUUCCUUGGAUUUGGAUGAUUACAACAAUUUUUGCAAGGGAUGGGUUCGCUACCCUUUAACGGCAGCAAUUAAAGAACGACUUGGUUAUUGGGAAGCAAAAUAUUAA